AUGGUUGUGGCUCCGGCUUUUUGGGGUGCUGGUGGUGCAACUGGUGCGUCGCUGACAAUUUCGCUUAUUGGUCCAUCAGCAGGUAGUGGUCCUUCUGCGCUCAGGCUGGCUGGGGCUGGAGGUGAAGAGAUUUCACCUUCAGGGGCACCCGCGGGGCUCUCUCCGGCGACAGGAGAAGCGACCGAGCUAUUGGGGGCUUCAGAGAUGGUUGGGGAAUCGGCUGCGGGAGCCUUAGCUGGAGCCUUAGAGGACUUUGGUGAUGGUGAUGGUGACGCUGAAGGGGUGGCGGCAGGUGCCUCAGCAGCAAAUGCCCCAGCAACGCACUUCUCUUAUCAAUACAGAGAAACACUGCGCAGCUAUAGAAUGAGGGAAGUAUAG